CAGGCAGCUCCGGCUUCAUUCGCGCUGGAGGCGAGGCAGCGGAAAGGAGGCAGGAAAGGAGAGGAAGAGAAAGAGAAAGGGAGAGGCGCUACUGAGAAACCGCGGCAGCCUUUCUCCUCUAGACACACACACUUGUCUGCUUCAGUGUGUUGUGCUUUUCUUUCACAGACACACACAGCCUUUGUGUGCUUGGGUUGUGCCUUUCCUCCACACACGUCUGCUUGAGUGUGUUGUGCUUUUUUUAUACACACACACAGCCCUUGUGUUGUGCUUUCCUUCCACCCAGAGACACACUUGUCUACUUUCUGUUUUGUACACACACGCACACACUUGUCUACUUGAGUGUGCGUUGUGCCUUUCCUCCACUCACUCAGCGAAACAGAGUGUUGUGUGUUGUGGGUCCUUGUGCUGCUGCUGCUGCUGCUGCCAUGAAGGCUCUGAGCCCCGGGCGGCCCUCCUCGGUGCGGAGGGGCGGCAGCGUGGGAGGCAGCCUGCUCUCUGAGCCCGGGCUGGGCAUCAUCUCCCGGGGCGGCGGCGGCAAGGGCUCUGCCUCCUCCUCCUCCUCGUCGUCGUCUUCCUCGUCCCUUUCGUCGGAGGACCCUCUGAGCCUGCUCUACAACAUGAACGACUGCUACUCGAAGCUGAAGGAGCUGGUGCCCAGCAUCCCCCAGAACAAGAAGGUCUCCAAGAUGGAGAUCCUGCAGCACGUCAUCGACUACAUCCUCGACCUCCAGAUCGCCCUCGACACGCACCCGGCCGCCGCCCUGGUCAGCCUCCACCACCCCCGGGCCCAGGGCCCCGGCAGCCCCGCCGCCUCCAGGAGCCCCCUGGCCGCCCUCAACACCGACAUCACCAUCCUCUCCCUCCAGGCAGCUGAGUUUCCUUCAGAGUUAAUGUCAAACGACAGCAAAGCACUUUGUGGCUAAAUGAACUGGUGUUUGCUGACUUCUUUUUUUUUUUGCACAAGAAGAGACAGCUUUUCCCUUUUUUGUUCCUUUCUUUCUGCAAGCUGCUGAAUCUGAUUUUCAGUUGUAUCUAGAGGGGAAAUCCAGAUCCAGUUAAAUGGACACUUUCCAAGAGAAAUUGUGGACACCGCCUCCCCUGUUCUCCACGCGCCAUGGACUAAUCUCUUAAUUAUUUAUGAACAGACUUUUAAAAAUCGCCCUUUCCCUAGUUGGAAGGCUUCAUUUAUAUACUAUUCCCACAGCGGGGAGCGAAAUGAAAAUGUAAAGAUCUCUUGAGGAAUUGCCCGUAUUAAGCAGACUUUGCCUUUUUGCCUCCAAAAGGUGGAGCGUGAGUACUAGAAGGAUUUUAGUGUUCAGUUUUUCAGUGAAGUCUUUGGUCAAAAUGAUCUUCUUUUGACACAAGUUGUAGGACUGAAUGCUUUGUAUAUAUUUAUAUAUAUAUAUAUAAAUAUGGGAAUGAAACUCCGAACUCUUUAAUUAGAGUUGUCUUGGAUAGUAGCAGAAAUGCCCAUUUCUGCAGAAAGUGUAAUGAUGUACGUAAUCAUGCUGAACUUUUUAUAAAAGUUUGGUUGUAAACCUAACCUUUUUAUACAAGAUCGAAAUAAAUUGUGUGUUUAUUGAA